AUGUUCAACUUCACGCCGCUGCUAGGCGCCCAGUCCGACUCGCCCGCAUCUCAAUCCCUCCUCGAGCUCGAUGGCAACGUCAAGGUGCUGGUCGAUGUGGGCUGGGACGAGACGUUCGACGCCGAGAAGCUGCAGGCGCUGGAGAAGCACGUCUCGACGCUGUCCUUCGUCCUCCUGACCCAUCCGAACAUCGACCACAUCGGCGCAUACGCCCAUUGCUGCAAGCACAUCCCUCUCUUCGCCAAAGUCCCCGUCUAUGCCACCACCCCCGUCAUCAACCUGGGACGCACUCUCCUCGCCGAUCUCUACGCCUCGUCACCUCUCGCCGCCUCAAUCGUGCCCAUAUCCGCCAUCAGCUCGUCGCCAGUAGCUGCACGACCCGAAUCAAGCCCCAAUCUGCUCUACACGCCCCCCACCCCCGAUGAGAUCGCGACCUACUUCAAUCUGGUCUAUCCACUGAAGUACAGUCAACCUCAUCAGCCGAUUCCAUCAUCAUGGUCGCCACCACUGGGCAACCUUACGAUCACCGCGUACAGCGCUGGUCACACACCCGGAGGUACAAUAUGGCACAUCCAGCACAGCUUGGAGAGUAUCGUCUAUGCUGCAGACUGGAAUCAAGGUCGCGAGAACCUGCUAUCCGGGGCAGCGUGGAUGGGCAGUGCUAGCGAGAUCAUCGAGCCUCUGCGGAGGCCGACUGCUUUGAUAUGCAGCUCAAAGGGCGUACAAAAGACGGAUACACUGCCAAGGAAGAAGAGAGAUGAGACACUCAUUAGUCUUAUCAGAGAGACCAUCGCUCAAGGCGGUAAAGUCUUGAUACCGACAGACUCCUCUGCACGCGUCUUGGAGCUGGGUUUCAUCUUGAACCACACCUGGCGCGAGAAUAUCAGUGGACCGCACGGAGAUACGUAUCGACAAGCCAAGAUUUAUAUGGCCAGCAAGAGCAGCACAAGUACCAUGCGUCAACUACAGGGUAUGCUAGAAUGGAUGGACGAUGCCAUCAUUCGUGAUGCAGAAGCAGCAAUGGGCCAGGGAGGCGAUGACAAAAAAGUGCCCAAUCUGCUUGAUUGGAAAUAUAUCAAGCAAAUUGAACGCAAGACGCAGUUUGAGAGAGCCAUGAGAAGGUCAUCACCUUGCAUCUUCCUUGCCAGUGACACUUCUCUCGAAUGGGGUUUCUCACGGCAAGCCCUUGACAUUUUCGCCUCAGACUCUCGAAACCUUGUCAUCCUGACUGAGCAGACACCUGCCAGUGGUGCUGCCUAUUCAAGUCUCGCAAAGCAGCUCAUGGAAUGCUAUCGAGACCGCGCCGGCCAAGCGUCAAAGAGUAGCGUCGCCAAGGUCGUGAGUGCAGAGGGCCACUCUGUGCAUGUUCGAGAUGUCCACACUUCAUCACUCAGCGCAGAUGAGGAUAUGCUGUAUCAGCAAUACUUCGCACGCCAACAACAAAUGCACAGCAACCUACAAGGCGACAAUACUGGGGCUGAUCCCUCUGUGGAGAUUGCGGACGAGCAAGCCGAGGAGUCGUCGGAUGAUGAAGAAGAUGAAGAGGAUACCGAACAUCAAGGUCGAGCGCUGAAUGUGUCCGCUCAAAUGACGCAAAGCAACAAGCGAAAGGUUGGCCUGUCCGAUGCAGAGCUGGGCAUAAACGUUCUUAUCCGCAGCAAGAAUGUACAUGACUUCGACGUGCGUAACAAGCGCGGCCGCGAGAAGAUGUUUCCUUUCGUUCCUCAUCGCAGCAAGCAAGACGACUUCGGCGAUAUCAUCAAGCCGGAGGACUAUCUGCGUGCUGAAGAGCGCACUGAUGGUGAUGGCGCGGACACACGAGACGGCACGAAGCCUCAAACGGCUGAGGUCGGACAGAAGCGAAAGUGGGAGGGACCGGCUUUCGUCAAAGAACGCGGCAAGGCACAGAAGAACCAGAAGCAAGAACAGAACAAGAAGCCAAAGGUCGAACGAGAGCCGGAUGACAUCGAUGCCCUGAUAGCUCGCGCGACAGGCGAAGAUCCUGCUGCGCCUGGUGCUGCCCCAGCCGUCACGAAUGGAGAUGCAUCAGAGUCGAGUGACGGCGAGAGCGAUUACGAGCCAGAAGAUGCUGGCGCUGAUGGUCCUCAGAAAGCUGUCUUCGACAUUCGAAUUCUGAAUCUCAAUCUCAAGAUCGCGCACAUCGACUUUUCAGGUCUUCACGAGAAGAGAGAUCUUCAAAUGUUGAUUCCUCUGAUCCGGCCUCGCAAGCUGAUUCUGAUAUCUGGAGAUGCAUCAGAUACGCAAGCACUGGCUAAUGAGUGUCGCCAACUGCUGGCAGGGGAGGGCGAGGAUUCGACAUCGGACGUCUUCACGCCCGUCAUUGGAGAGCUGGUCGAUGCUAGUGUCGAUACCAACGCAUGGACCCUCAAACUCAGCCGUCAGCUCGUCAAGAAGCUCACGUGGCAGAACGUUAAAGGGCUGGGUGUUGUCGCAUUAACCGGUCGACUGGAUGCCGAACCGUUGGAAGAGCCGGAAGAAAGUGAGGAGAGUGCGAAGAAGAAGCUCAAACUGGCAAAGAAAGAAGACGUCGAGAGUGACGGAAAAUUGGCUACAUUGCUAGCCAUGCCUGUACUGGAUCUCGUCAAUACUGCAUCGACCGCAGGUUUCACCCUGCAACGAGCUACACAGCCCGUACACGUUGGAGAUCUGAGAUUGGCAGAUUUGCGAAGGCUGAUGCAGGCGUCGGGUCACACAGCAGAGUUCCGCGGUGAAGGAACUUUAUUGAUUGACAGCACGGUCGUGGUGAGAAAGUCAGCAACUGGCAAGAUCGAAGUCGAAGCAGGUGCCGGAGGCCUUAGCAGACCUCAAUUCCGAACCAAGGAGAUGGAGGGCAGCUUUUACGCGGUGCGAAAUUUGAUCUACAACGGCUUGGCUGUUGUUGCUGAAGACGACACCAAAACCACCAUCCACUCCCUCGCCCCCUCCGCCCCCCUCACGCUCCGCCCAGGCGUCAACUACAUGCACGCCCCCGCCCACACCUUCCUGCACAUCUUCAACAAGGCCGCGCCCGUCUGGGAGGCCAAGUACCGCACCGAAUCGCUGGCUUUCAAGAUUUUUAAGGUCAGCACGCAGUUUACGGUUAGGGAGGUUGUGGAGAGGGUUCUUAGGGGGAAGCCGAAGGAGGGUGGGGGGAAGUGGGCGGUUACAGAGGUUGUGGAAGGGGGUGGGGGUGUGUGGAGGAAGGGCACAACGAUCGAAUACGAUAGCGACAAAGCCAACGGGAGUUUGGGGAGUCUGUACUGGGAUGAGAAGAAGGGGAGUGAGGGCGUGCCGCCGGUUUGGUUGGUUGUGCAUAAGUUGUGA